UACUGACUUACUGUUGUGCGAUUCUAGAUUAUUUUCUAAGAAUUAAUUUAAGAACACAAAACUAGCCGCUGCUAAUAUACUUAUAUACAUAUAUUUAAAAUACAAAAAAAGUAAUACCCUUUUUGGUAAUUAUACAUUCAAUCAGCCAAUUCAGCCAAAAUAUUACCAAACACUUUUACUUCAGAAAUUUCAGCCAUUUAAGCACUUUCAGCCCUUUCAGCCGUUGCAGCCAUUACCAAACAGGCCCUAAGACUAAUGUGUGCUGAAUUAGUUGUCCAUGGCCCGAAGUAUAUUAACUAACUCCCUAUAUAUGUAGAUGUAGAAAGCUAGCAAAUGAUUGGGCUUUCUCGUCAGUUCAUAUCACUGACCUGCUAUUGCCUUUCCUCUAGGGGGCACCUCUUCCGACAACGACCACGUACAUUGAAUAUAUGCAUUAUCCUCUCUGGCACUUAUUAUUAUUUUUAUUAUUAGUAAGUAAAUACUAACCACAGCACAAAAUCCGAUAGCCCAAAACCGGACGGCGAGCAAAUUAAAUAAGCUGAGGAGAUGAUGCGCAGCAUGGCAAGCUCCACCGCCCCUCCGAGAGGCAUCGCUGCCGUCGUCGGCGUUGGGCCAAAGCUCGGCCGCUCCAUCGCCCGCAAGUUCGUCCACGAAGGAUACACCGUCGCUAUUCUCGCUCGAGACUUAGGUGCUCUGUCGAGAUUUGCAGAUGAAAUCGCGAGAGAAGAGAAAGCGCAAGUGUUCGCCAUCCGUAUAGAUUGUUCGGAUACUCGGAGUAUACGAGAAGCUUUCGAAGGCGUUCUCUCUCUCGGAUUCGUAGAAGUUUUGGUCUACAAUGCAUACAAGACGGCACCGGCUGUUCAAUGCACAAAUUUCAUGGAUAUUAAGAUCGAAAACUUCGAAAAAUCCAUGGCCGUUUCCUCCGUCGGGGCGUUUCAUUGCGCUCAACAGGUAUUACCAGGAAUGGUGGAAAGAGGUAGAGGGACGAUUCUCUUCACAGGCUGCGCAGCUUCUCUUUCAGGGAUCGCCGGCUUUUCUGAAUUAUGUUGCGGAAAAUUCGCAUUGCGUGCCUUAUCGCAAUGCUUGGCGAGAGAGUUUCAACCGCUGGGUAUACACGUUGCGCACGUCAUCAUCGACGGAGUUGUCGGCGCACCACGAGGGCCAGCGGCAACGUCGUCUUCGGCUUUAUUAUCAUCAUUAUCGUGUUCGCAGCAGAAAUGGGGGGUCAGAGAAAUACAGCAGAAUGAAGGAGGCGAUGAUGGAUCAAUGGACCCAGACGAGUUGGCUCGCACGUACUGGCAUUUGCACAUCCAAGAUCGGUCCGCUUGGACCCAAGAGAUUGACCUCCGCCCUUUCAGAUCCACAUUCUAAAUAUAUUCUAAAAAAACAAAGCAAAUUUUAUGCAGAUUUAUUUGUCAUGUUCCCUCAUCAAUUAUUCCAAGUGAUCACGCAAGCUGUACUUUAUCGUUUUUUCUUUUUUCUUUGUUUUGAAUUUUUUCUUACACUCGUAUUUUUUAAAGUUCGACUCUUGUAUUUAAUGAAGAAAGAUUGUAAUAUAUUUUUCGAAAUAUACGAGUAAUUUUUGCACUUUGUUUGAACUAUUUGUCUCGUUGUAACGAAUUUGAUAUGGUUAUUUAUAUGGUAACAAAAAGCAAAAGAAUGGGUGCGUUACGUUUGGGCGGAAUUACUCUA